AGCCCCGCAGCCAUGGCCGAGGAUUACUGGGACCGUCGCCCGGGACCGGCCGCGCCCACCCCAAAGCAGCGCUGAAGCCCCGGCCCAGGCCUCGGGCCGCCAUGGAUCGAAUGAAGAAGAUCAAGCGGCAACUGUCCAUGACCCUGCGUGGCAGCCGCACGGCCGACAGGAACAGCGGCACGGAGCAGAUCAACGUCGAGGAGAGUAACAGCAGUGACAAUGGCCCCAGCCCUAAGGGGUGGAAGGGUCCCCCCCCAACCUCCCACAGCCUGCCCGUCCUGCACCCUCCCCCCCGGGCGUCUCGCAGCCUGCCCGCCCUGCGCCCACCUCCCCGGGCCACCCACAGCCUGCCCGCCCUCCACCCGCCCCCCCGGGCCCUGCGUCUGCCUCCACCACCGCCCGCCCGCCGGCCCCGAGCCAGCCGGGGCCUCGGCUCCACCUUGGACCACUGCUCCCGACUAGAGAUCGUGCACGAGGACCUGAAGAUGGGCUCGGACGGAGAGAGCGACCAGGCCUCCGCCACCUCUUCGGACGAGGUUCAGUCUCCGGUGCGGGUCCGCAUGCGCAACCACCCGGCCCGCAAGAUCUCCACCGAGGACAUCAACAAGCGCCUGUCGCUGCCGGCUGACAUCCGGCUGCCUGAGGGCUACCUGGAGAAGCUGACGCUCAACAGCCCGCUCUUCGACAAGCCCCUGAGCCGCCGGCUCCGCCGGGUCUCCCUGUCGGAGAUCGGCUUCGGGAAGCUGGAGACCUACGUGAAGCUGGACAAGCUGGGGGAGGGCACCUAUGCCACCGUGUACAAGGGCAAGAGCAAGUUAACCGACAACUUAGUGGCGUUGAAAGAGAUCCGGUUGGAGCACGAGGAGGGGGCUCCCUGCACCGCCAUCCGGGAAGUGUCGCUGCUGAAGGACCUGAAGCACGCCAACAUUGUCACGCUGCAUGACAUCAUUCACACUGACAAGUCCCUCACCCUUGUCUUUGAGUAUUUGGACAAGGAUCUGAAGCAGUAUCUAGAUGACUGUGGGAACAUCAUCAACAUGCACAACGUGAAGCUGUUCCUGUUCCAGCUGCUCCGAGGGUUGGCGUACUGCCACAGGCAGAAGGUGCUUCAUCGGGACCUGAAGCCGCAGAACCUGCUCAUCAAUGAACGCGGGGAGCUGAAGCUGGCCGACUUCGGUCUGGCCCGAGCCAAGUCCAUCCCAACCAAAACGUACUCGAACGAGGUGGUGACGCUGUGGUACCGACCCCCCGACAUCCUGCUCGGCUCCACCGACUACUCCACUCAGAUCGAUAUGUGGGGCGUGGGCUGCAUCUUCUACGAGAUGUCCACGGGCCGCCCUCUCUUCCCUGGCUCCACCGUGGAAGAGCAGCUGCAUUUCAUUUUCCGGAUCCUGGGCACCCCCACCGAGGAGACCUGGCCGGGAAUCCUGUCCAACGAGGAGUUCAGGACCUACAGCUACCCCAAGUACCGGCCCGAAGCCUUGCUGAGUCACGCCCCCCGGUUGGACAACGAUGGGGCCGACCUCUUAGCCAGAUUGCUGCAGUUUGAAGGUCGGAAUCGGAUCUCCGCGGAGGACGCCAUGGGUCACCAGUUCUUCCACAGUUUGGGGGAGCGAGUCCUCAAACUUCCCGACACUACUUCCAUAUUUGCACUAAAGGAGAUUCAGUUACAGAAGGAGAUGGGCCUCCGCUCCGCCUCGCUCCCCGACUCAGGCAGGUCAGCCUUCCGUGUGGUGGACACCAAGUUCUAGGCCUCUCGCCUCCCUGCCCCCUCUCCCCUUCAGCGGGGAAAGGUACUCGCUCUUCUCUCUCUGCCUGUGGGGAGGGGGCAGCUCACCUAGAUCCUGGCAAGCCAAAGGCGUGAGCAGUGAGGUCUGCGAUCUCAUCCCUGGGGGCUCAUUCUCCCCCGUCCCCUUGAGGGAACCGUGCUCCCUAAGUAAAUCCUCCCGGCUCC